GUUCGAGAAAGGGGGGCAACCGAGAUCUUCCCAUUGCACAUGGCAGGGUAUCCAUAUUGAUAACGUAGACAUAUCAGUCAUUCGCUAGCCAACGUGUUUCUCACCGACUAAAGAUCAUGGAGUACAUUGGUGAGGGGACCGCAAAGUCCACAAAUUUCAUCUUGUGUUGUGACUGUGGAACCCCAAUCGAGCCAAACCCAAGCAACAUGUGUGUUGCAUGUUUGCGUACAAAGGAAGACAUCACAGAGGGAAUUCCAAAACAGGGUGUCUUGUACUUCUGCCAGAGUUGUGAAAGAUAUUUGCAGCCACCAUCUACAUGGAUUGCUGCACAGCUUGAGUCACGGGAACUGUUAUCAGUUUGCCUGAAAAAACUUAAAGGACUUAACAGAGUUCGGCUGGUAGAUGCUGGUUUCAUUUGGACGGAGCCCCAUUCUCGUCGCAUCAAAGUUAAACUCACAGUUCAGAAGGAGGUGCAAAGUGGUGCAGUGCUGCAGCAGAUCUUUGUAGUGGAAUAUGUGGUACAGAACAAUAUGUGUGAGAACUGCCACCGCGUGGAAGCUAAGGACUUCUGGCGUGCAGUGGUACAGGUCAGACAGAAGGCAGAUCACAAGAAAACCUUCUUCUACCUUGAACAACUUAUCCUAAAACAUCGUGCCCAUUCAAAUACGGUCAACAUCAAGCCUAUGGCAGAUGGCCUGGACUUUUACUUUGUCAAGCAAGAUGAUGGCCGUAAACUAGUUGACUUUCUUUCUGCUGUUGUGCCCUGCAAGUACGCAACAGCAAAGGAGCUGGUGUCACAUGAUGUGCACAACAACACUUACAAUUUCAAGCACACCUUCUCAGUAGAUAUCGUACCAGUAUGUAAGGACAACAUUGUGUGUCUGCCAUCCAAGUUAGCACAGCAUCUUGGCAGCAUCAGCCGUUUGUGUAUUUGCUAUCGAGUCACUCACUGCAUUCAUCUUAUAGACCCAGCCACUCUGCAGAUUGCCGAGAUGAGCAGUCAGAUGUUCUGGCGCAUGCCCUUUCGACCACUUGUGGGACCACGCAACUUCACCGAGUUUAUGGUGAUGAAUGUGGAGCGGAUUGAAGGCAAAGACAAGCCACAUCGUGUUCCAUCUUCGGCUAAGCAUCUCCUGGUUGAUGUGUGGGUGGCAAGAAUGAGCGACCUUGGAAGCAAUGACCAUCAGUUUCACACACGUUCACACCUUGGCCAUCUGCUGCAUGCAGGUGACACUGUUCUGGGGUACGACUUCACCUGCUGCAACCUCAACCACCCAGAGUUUGAACAACUGCCUGCGAGUCGAGUACCUGAUGUGAUGCUUGUGAAAAAGGUAUUUGACAGAACUAAGCGGAAUCGUCGCCGCAAGUGGAAACUCAAGCAUAUGGCUGAUGUUAUAGAAACAGAAAGUCAAGAAAAUGAGUAUGUUGAGUUCCUAGAAGACCUCGAGGAAGAUCAAGAUUUGCGCCAAGGUGUCAAUAUUUACAAAGAUGCCGGCAAGCUGAAUGCUGAGGAAGAGACAGAUGACGAAGAAGUGCCUUUCAUCAGUCUAGGGGAGAUGUUGGAGGACCUGCACAUUGUCGAGGAUGCUACUGGUGGGGAAGGAGACCCCAUGAUGGAGUGAGCAAAGAAUCGUCAGUGACGAUGUAGAUGAUGGGAAGGGGACCGUUGAUGGAGUAAACCUGACAAUUGUUGGAAGCUGGUUUGGCGGAAAUGGGAAGAGCUCUUUAUAGUUCAUUCUGGAUUUCAUUGUUGGACUCCAGCCAUAGGAGAUUUCUUACUGUUUAUUCAAAUGGAUUGUUGCAAGUAUUUGAAGUUAAGUACAGCAAGUAAUAAAGGAUUGGAUUACAUGCCUUUGAUUUUAAAUUCUCAGAAAUAGAGCGCUUGGGAUCUUUUUCAAGUGCAUUUUGAUUUACCUAAGGACACAAAAUUGUUACUUGUGUAAAGAUGUGACAUUCGAAUAAUGCUAGUUUUCCAAGCAUUGUGGAGCUACUGUAGGUGUGAUAGAUAAGGAUUGUGCACAGUACUGAUGUGACAACAGGUUUGGUUGAAAUGAGCGCUUUUUCAUUCACAUUUCAGUGUUCCAAAAGGAUAUCCUAGGGUAUAAAUUUAGUUGAACAUUUUUCUAGUUCAAACAUUUUAAAAAGAACAACUAGAUAUCUGCUGGGGUUAAUAUAAGUGUAUUGCUGUCCAACCAUUCUAACAUGGAAUGAUUAGCUGAUCAUGUUUAUCUCAUACAAAUCCCUUUGUUAUUAAAAAAAAAAAAACAGUGGAA